AUGACUAUAUUAUAUGCUUCAGUUGGAUAUAAAGGAAGCGUACUAGUUGAAUACGCUGUUGAUAAUGGAAACUUUGUAGAGACUGCUAGAACACUGCUUACAAAGAUACCACCAUAUGCAAAGAAGAGUUACUCAGUGAAUGGACAUAACUUCCACUACAUAUCAGAGAAUGAACUGGUGUUCCUGUGCUUCUGUCAUGAGAAGCUUGGAUUCUCCACACCAUUCGACUUCCUAAUGGACGUGCAGUCUCGAUUCAUUGCCGCCUACGGACAUAACCUACCAUUCAACGCACCACCAGCAACCUAUGAUCCAUUUGGAAGAGUUCUAGAGGAUAGGAUGAAAUAUUACUCGAAUCCACAAUCAAACAAGAUAAACAUGAUCAAGGAACAGGUGUCAGUGGUGAAGGAUGAGUUGUCCACAACAUUGGAGAAGACAUUGAACAGAGGAGAGAAGAUUGAGAUCAUUGUAGAUAAGACAGAGAAGUUACAGGCAGAGUCCUUCCAUUUCAAAUCAAACUCCACUCAGCUCAAGAGGAAGCUAUGGUGGGAGAACAAGAAGAUGUUGCUCAUCAUCCUCGUCGUUGUAUUUAUCAUAUUAGCACUGAUUACCAUUGGUAUCCUCAAGUUUGUUCACGUUAUUUAA